GACGGACGGCGGCCGGAUGAUGGCGGCCUUGGGCGGCUACGCGCGCGGCGACCCGCUGGAGAAGCUGCCCUCCGUCAUGGCGGGGUUCCCGGCGCGGAGAAACCAGUCGUCGCCGCCUCCGGCCCCGCCGCUCUGCCUCCGGCGGCGGACGCGACUCGCGGCGGCUCCCGAGGACACGGUGCAGACCCGGGUGACACUUGAGAAGGUGCUUGGCAUCACAGCCCAGAACAGCAGUGGGCUAACCUGUGACCCUGGAACAGGCCAUGUGGCCUACCUGGCAGGUUGUGUGGUGGUGACCUUGAACCCCAAGGAGAACAAGCAGCAGCACAUCUUUAACACAUCCAGGAAGUCCCUGAGUGCUCUGGCCUUCUCCCCAGAUGGGAGGUACAUCGUGACAGGAGAGAACGGGCACAGGCCAGCCGUGCGGGUCUGGGAUGUGGAGGAGAAAACGCAGGUGGCAGAGAUGCUGGGCCACAAGUAUGGUGUGGCCUGUGUGGCCUUCUCUCCCAACAUGAAGCACAUCGUGUCCAUGGGCUACCAGCAUGACAUGGUCCUCAAUGUGUGGGACUGGAAGAAGGACAUUGUGGUGGCUUCCAACAAAGUGUCCUGUAGGGUCAUGGCCCUCUCCUUCUCUGAGGACAGCAGCUAUUUCGUCACCGUUGGGAAUCGGCAUGUGAGGUUUUGGUUCUUGGAAGUCUCCACUGAGGCAAAGGUGACCGGCACGGUGCCCCUGAUUGGGCGCUCGGGCAUCCUGGGUGAGCUGCACAAUAACAUCUUCUGUGGUGUGGCCUGCGGCCGGGGCCCGAUGGCAGGCAGCACCUUCUGCGUGUCCUACUCCGGCCUCCUCUGCCAGUUCAGCGAGAAGAGGGUGCUGGAAAAGUGGAUCAACCUGAAGGUCGCCUUGUCUUCCUGCCUGUGUGUCAGUGAGGAGCUGAUCUUCUGUGGAUGCACAGACGGGAUAGUGCGAAUCUUCCAGGCCCACAGCCUGCACUACCUCACCAACCUGCCUAAGCCGCACCACCUGGGAGUAGACGUGGCGCAAGGUCUGGAUUCCAGCUUCCUCUUCCACAGAAAAGCAGAAGCAGUCUACCCGGAUACAGUGGCACUGACCUUUGACCCCAUCCACCAGUGGCUGACCUGUGUUUACAAGGACCACAGCAUCUACGUCUGGGAUGUCAGGGACAUCAAUGAAGUCUGCAAGAUAUGGUCAGAGCUCUUUCACAGCUCCUUCGUCUGGGAUGUGGAGGUGUACCCUGAAUUUGAAGAUGAGCGAGCUUGUCUGCCGUCCGGGUCUUUCCUGACUUGUUCCUCAGACAACACCAUCCGCUUCUGGAAUAUGGACAGGAGCUCUGACCCUCAGUGGCAGAGAAACAUCUUCAGCGAUACGCUGCUGAAGGUCCUGUACGUGGAGGGCGACGCCCAGCAUCUGCAGGACACAUCGCGCUUCCCGGACCGCGCCAGCGACAGCGGGACGCCUGUGGACGUGAAGGCUGGGGUUCGAGUGCUGCAGGUCAGUCCUGAUGGCCAGCACUUGGCUUCAGGCGACCGCAGUGGAAAUCUGAGGAUCCACGAGCUGCACUUCCUGGAUGAGCUGAUGAAGGUGGAGGCCCACGAUGCUGAGGUGCUGUGCCUGGAGUACUCCAAGCCUGAGACAGGAGUGUCUUUGCUGGCUUCAGCCAGUCGGGACCGGCUCAUCCACGUGUUAAAUGUGGAAAAGAACUACAACCUGGAACAGACCUUGGAUGACCACUCCUCCUCCAUCACAGCCAUCAAGUUUGCUGGCACCAGGGAUGUGCAGAUGAUCAGCUGCGGAGCUGACAAGAGCAUCUACUUCCGCAGUGCCCAGCAGGCGUCGGACGGGCUGCACUUUGUCCGCACCCACCACGUGGCAGAGAAGACCACCCUGUAUGACAUGGACAUUGACCUCACACAGAAGUAUGUGGCAGUGGCCUGCCAGGACCGCAACGUAAGGGUCUACAACACAGUGAGUGGGAAGCAGAAGAAGUGCUACAAGGGUUCCCAGGGCGACGAAGGCUUCCUGCUGAAGGUCCACGUGGACCCCUCAGGCACCUUCCUGGCCACAAGCUGCUCCGACAAAAGCAUCUCGGUAAUUGACUUUUACUCGGGCGAGUGUGUUGCCAAGAUGUUUGGCCACUCAGAAAUCGUCACUGGCAUGAAGUUCACCUAUGACUGCCGCCACUUGAUCACAGUGUCGGGAGACAGCUGUGUGUUCAUCUGGCACCUGGGCCCCGAGAUCACCAGCAGCAUGAAGCAGCACUUGCUGGAGAUGAAGCACCACGAGCCACUGCCACCCCGGGGCCCGAAGUGGAGCAGCUCGCCCAGCCAAGAGAAAUAUGCAUCCACGCCCAGCGAGGUUCGCUCCCUGAGCCCCGGAGAGCAGACGGAAGAUGAGAUGGAAGAGGAAUGUGACCCAGAGGAGCUGCUGAAGACACCACCCAAAGGGAACCUGGACCCAGGUCCUCAGUGCCUGCUGACCAACGGCAAGCUGCCACUCUGGGCUAAACGGCUGCUAGGGGACGACGUGGCCGACAGCCCCGCUUUCCAUGCCACGCGCAGCUACCGGCCGCACGGCCGCUGGGCAGAGCGGGCUGAGCAGGAGCCCCUCAAGACCAUCCUGGAUGCCCGAGCGCUGGACUCCUCCUUCACACCCAGGAAGCCAGAGACUCCAGAUGACUCUGCCCUGGACGCAGAGGAGCCGCAGAGCCUGGCGGGCCUGCUGAGUGAGAGGGAAUCCACUGAAACAAGAGAAGGGAGCAGAGGACGCUCCCCGGAGGCAGAAGUGCCCGUCGCAGGGAGGCACAGCAAGCACUACGAGGAAGAGGCAGAGGCGGGACCCGAAGACCAGCAAGGCGACUCGUAUCUCAGGGUGUCCUCCGCCAGUUCAAAGGAGCAGAGCCCACCUGAGGACUCUGGGGAGUCAGAGGCUGAAUUGGAGUGCAGCUUUGCCGGUGCCGGGUUCUCCUCUCCACUGACUGACGCCAGUCCUCGCCUCCCCGUGACGGUGCCCUGUGAGCCAGGUGAGCCAGAGCUCCCGAGCACAGAAGAGCUGUCCCAGCCUGAAGUGGCAGGGCUGGCCAGUGGCUCCCUACCCCAGACCCCUGAGCAGGAGAAGUUCCUCCGCCACCAUUUUGAGACCCUCACAGAUGCCCCUACUGAAGAGGUCUUUGACGGAUCCCUGGGAGACAUAAAGAUCUCAGAAGCUGAUGACUAUUUCUUCAGUCCCCGGCUAAGCAUCUCCACGCAGUUCCUCUCCCGCCUCCAGAAGCCCUCCAGGGUCCCUCCCCGGCUGCCCCUGCACCUUAUGAAGUCUCCAGAGGUCAAGCCUACAGGCCAAGGGGGCAGCCGGCCCAGGGCAGGGCCCCGGAGAGCAGGUACUGGCUACAUGUCCUCAGAUGGGACCAAAGUCCUCUCUGGGCAGAAGGCUGAGGAUGUUCCAGAGGCCUUGGGUCUACCAAGUAAGUUGAACCCUUCCCUCACAGGCCUGGCGGCCCGUGUCUCUUCCUCCGUGCCACCCACAGACCGGAAGUCUCCAGCAUCCACAUGUGUAGCCACUGCAGGCCUGGACCAGAGCGUCUGCACCCCGACUACGUGUUCUUACAUGGAAACCACGACCAGCUCACAUGCCAGGAUACCACGCAGCAUCUUCCUUGGGGACAGUGAGGAUCCUGUGACAGAUGAGCUCUCCAGGGCACUUCAUAAGCCCUUGUCCUUGGGAGAGCUGGCUUCCCCAGGCCAGCAACUCCAGGCCUUCCCCACCACAGGGACACACCCUUCCAGUAUCGAAGGACAAGAGCCUGCCCUGCCUUCCUGGGGCAACCACGAGGCCCGGGCCAACCUGAGACUGACCUUAUCAAGUGUCUGUGACCAGCUCCUCACUCCACCCCCACUGGAGCCACCCAUGGCACGAGUGUGGUCCCAGGAGCCUGUGGAUGUGCAGCCUGGUGUGUCGGUCACGGCAGCCAGCUGCCCAGCACCAAGCCCUGUAGAUGUGAGCACCCUGAGACUCCACCGCUCUGUGUUUCUCCCAAAGGCCUCGGCCUCUGGGCCCCUGACCCCUCCUGCCCACCCCAGCGACCUCCAGCUUGUAGAGAGCAGGUCUAGGAGGAUGCCUGGGAGCAACGCUGCCCCGCGGGAACCCACCCCUGAUGUGGCACGUGUGCUCCUGGGCAGCCCGGUACACGCUGGGGAGCCCGGGCGACCAGCAGAGGCCCUGCCCCCAGCGCUCCCUGAGCUGGGCAGUGUGGGAUCAGUGGUGCACAGGCUGCGGACUGCCUUCCAAGAAGCCCUUGACCUUUACCGCAUGCUAGCCUCCAGCAGCCAGCCAGGUGGCGAGCCACAGCAGGCACAGGCUGAGCUGGCCUCCACCUUCCACUGGAUCCGCAGCCAGCUGGAAGCCAGCAACUGCAUGGCUGCGGCUAACUCGGCCCCACCCCAGACACUGCCUAGCCCGGAUCCUCGGUCCCCACCUACACUUUGUCCCCUGGCCAGCCCAAACCUGCAGGCCCUGCUGGAACACUACUCAGAACUGCUGGUGCAGGCUGUGAGGAGGAAGGCGAGAGGGGACUAGAGCA